GUAACCGAUGAUGUGCGUCUCGUUUUUCUUCUGCGAAAACUGAGAGUUACCGCGGUAUUCCUGCCCUUAAAAUCAUAGAACCAACACCAAAGUACCAUAUAAAUAUUCGUGUCUGGAUAAACUCGUCUUGGUGGUGCAAGUUGAAGCUUCUAGGUCUAGUGAGUUGAGCUCGCUGGCCGCUAACAAACAGACGCGUUGCUUGUUAGCAACGCAUCGCAAAUUCGAGAUUAGGGUUGUGAUGAUCGUGCGGAAAUGUGUGCAAGGACGACAGCAAAGUACAAGAAGGAACUUUUUAAAACGAAUGACGAGAACGAGCGACAACGUGAACUUCUGGACGCUGUUCGCGUGCAGCCUCGUGUCGUGGUACACAGAGCAGACGUCAGUGAAACUCUUCGUCCAGUGCGGCAGCAGUCAGUGUCCCCUCACAUCAAAGAGGAAGAGGACAAAGAAGUUCAACACAUCAAAGAGGAGGAGGAAGAGUUCCUACUUUUGAAAGAGGAAGAGCAUGAGGAAAUCAUCAAGCUUCCAUCGACUGGUGUCCCUUUGAAGAGUGAAAAUGAAGGUCAAAGUGAGGAGAGCAGAGGGGCGGAGCCUCCAAGCAGCAGCUCAAGUCAACACAUGACAACAGAAGGUGAUGGAGACCACUGUGGAGGAUCACAAGCAGACGGCCUCUUAGCUCCAGUAUCAGAUAGUGAUCACAUGACAUCACUGUCUCCUCGAACUGAUGAUGAUGAUGAUGGCCAGUCUAAAGGUGAUAUGACUGGUGACACUGAAAACAAACAAUGGAAAUGUUCUCAGUGUGGGAAAGCAUUUUCUUAUAAGAGCAAUUUCAAACGACACAUAAAAAUACACACAGGAGAGAGAGAUUUUUCCUGCUCAGUGUGUGAGCAAAGAUUCACUCAGAAGGGACACUUAAAAACCCACACAAGAACCCACACUGGUGAGAAACCUUUUUCCUGCUCAGUUUGUGGUCAAAGAUUCUCUGAAAAGGGAAAAUUAAAAAUACACACAAGAACCCACACUGGUGAGAAACCUUUUUCCUGCUCAGUUUGUAGUAAAAGAUUCACUCAGAAGGGAGAUUUAAAAAAACACACAAGAACCCACACUGGUGAGAAACCUUUUGCCUGCCCAGAUUGUGGUCAAAGAUUCUCUGAGAAGGGAACCUUAAAAAGGCACACUGGCAAACACACUGGUGAGAAACGUUUUGCCUGCUCAGUUUGUGGUCAAAGAUUCUCUCAAAAGGGAGAUUUAAAAAAACACACGAGAACCCACACUGGUGAGAAACCUUUUGCCUGCUCACUUUGUUGUCAAAGAUUCUCUCAAAAGGCACACUUAAAAUUACACACAAGAACACAUACUGGUGAGAAACCUUUUGCCUGCUCAGUUUGUGGUCAAAGAUUUUCUGGAAAGGCACACUUAAAAAUACACACUGGAACCCACGCUAGUGAGAAACCUUUUCCCUGCACUGUUUGUGGUAAAAGAUUCACUCAGAAGGGAGAUUUAAAAAAACACACAAGAAUCCACACUGGUGAGAAACCUUUUGCCUGCUCAGUUUGUGGUAAAAGAUUCACUCAGAAGGGAGAUUUAAAAAACCACACAAGAAUCCACACUGGUGAGAAACCUUUUGCCUGCUCAGUUUGUGGUAAAAGAUUCACUCAGAAGGGAGAUUUAAAAAACCACACAAGUACCCACACUGGUGAGAAACCUUUUGCCUGCCCAGAUUGUGGUCAACGAUUCUCUGAGAAGGGAACCUUAAAAAGUCACACAAGAACACACACCGGUGAUAAACCUUUUGCCUGCCCAGUUUGUGGAAAAAGGUUCUCUCAUAAAUGUGUAUGUGAGAAUAGCAGUGAUCAAUGAAGGUUUCGCUUCUCAUUCGCACGGGCUUCAUCAGUUCAUGCACCAAGGGUGAUUGUAAUAUAUGUACCUUCUUAAAGGUGCUCUGUGGACAAGUGUUGAGAAUGACCACUCAUACUAAAACAGUUGUAGCAAUACAUCUGCCUUGUGUAAGGUUUUUUGUGAUGUGCAUAUCUAAGAAGCAAACGAUGACUUGAAAUAGACACGGUCCAUCACCCCGUGGGACCACGGCAGCCCAACAGUGGUAGGGUACAAGGCCAAGGUCUUUCAGCCACUUGUGGUGCGGGCGAGGAAGAGGAGGGUGGAAAAUAGAAGACCCGGCUUUGGCCGCCCAACGUUUCAGCUUGACCCCCACUUUUCCUCGCGACGCGUCGCGACUGACAAGUCCCUCUGCCGAUUAAUGGCCCACUGAAUUUCAUCAGAAACAAGGGGGCAGAAUGACGCUGCAGUUUACAUACACACAUUUACACUGCCUGAAGAGAUGACUUGGAUUCCUGGAAAUGAAGAAGAAUAUCAUCAGCAUCCAAAUUUAUUUUGUGUUCUCUCACCGCCGAGCAGAUAGCUUUUAAUAUUAGCACUCUGACGCAAGUGGUUCGAUGACUAUUGCAAAUAGCAUUGGUGAAAGUGGACACCCUUUACUGGUUCCUGUUUGUGAUGUGAUCCCAUUCGGGGUGACUGUCACUUUUGGCAUGUUUUCUAAUGUUGCUAUCCAAUGUAUAAAUGAGUUUCCAAAGCCAAAUUUGCAAAGUACUGCAAACAGGAAAUACCGUAAAUUUUAUCGCAAGCUUUCUCUGCGUCAAGUAACAUGAUGAUUGCAUUUAGAUUUUUACGCUGUGACAUGCUUAUUAAAUUUAACAGACGUCUGACAUUAUUUGUGGAACUUCUACCUUUCAUGAAACCAUGGCUGUAAUUAAUUAUUUUUCUUUAUUGUGUUGAAGUUGUUUGCCUGAUUUGUUAUUGUACUCAAAGUUACUGUAUCUUAACUGUUGUACAAAUUCUGUUCUUUUGUCUAAUUGAUGUUUUACCUUUUGAAGUUGGUUUCUAACUGUAUCUGUCGGAUUAAUUGCAUAUUUUUAUGUGAGAUGUUUAAUUUAAUCCUCAAUUUCAUUUUCUAAUUUUAGUUCUUGUUUUUUUUCUUGUACGAAGAGUACGAUAUGAUUCGACCUCUCAUUACAGACUUCCCGGUUUCCGACAGCAGAGAUGGUUGGGGGUCAUUGAAUUGAAAAAGUCCAAUUCUUUCCUCACAAAUGUAUCAAAGUCCGGGUCCUUCAAUAGGGAUGUGUUAAAGCGCCAUGUCGGUGGACGUACCAGAUUUGACUAAAAUUUUAGGUCGAGAGAAAUUGGUGCGUGGUCACUGAUUAUUAUUGGAUGUAUUUUGGAGGUAAUUCUUUGAGCUGCCGAAUUGUUUGAGAGAGAAAAAACGGGCGACGGAGCGACACUACAGACACUAGAAACUUUGGUCUGUUUGACUGAUCAAGUCUGAUUCUCAAUAAACCUCAAUUAUAAUACCACAGUGGAAGCUUAAAAACUCCACUGACACACUAAACCUGUUUCGGCAUAAAAGGGAUACAGAUUUUCCAUUCUGCUUGACCUAACACCCGAACAGGACAAAAAAAAUGAUAAAAUAAUAUAAAUAAGACACGACAGACAUGGGUUCAGAAAACAUAGUCUGUGGCGGACUUGACCGGGAGUUCAUAUUUUAAGAACUUUACAUGAAGACCACUAAUGACUGUAUUGCUGCAAACUUGAAUGUCUAAUGUCGAAUCUGUUGUGAACUGACCCAGUUGAAAUGUUUCAUGGAAAAUAGUCGUGUUCUCCACACCACACAUUUGAAACAUUCGUUACAGGUAUUAAAGAGGAUGAGUGUGGAACAAUGCAAGGUGAGGAAAUGGUCUCGUUAUCUUAAAUCCAAUAAUUCAUAAUUUUACUCCACUGGUUUUAAACCGGUAUCA